AAUCACACUGCCUCGAUGGACAGCAGAGAAACACGGAUUUUGUGUUGUUGGCAAGGAAACUGUCCUAUUUUAUCACCACAGUCUUCCCAGUCUGAGGAGGGAAGCUUCCAUCUCCAGUAUCAAUCUUAUUGUGAGUAAAUUAGUGGACCAAGAAAAUGCUGUUAGUAGAGUAUAUUUAGAUUUUUGAUGAAGUAGAGCACAGCCUGGGAGCCAAUCUAGCUCAGUUACCGGGACCAGAGGUUUGGUCUUCCGAGCUUCCUGGAGCCCAUCCUUGGAGAACUUCUCUUACCAACUUCUUGGUAAAAUAGAACAAGGCGGGACAGAGAGUACAACCACCAGAUGACUCUGCAAUUGACUGACCAGCUGCACUCAGCCUGUGGCCCUGAAUGGAACUGCAUCUACCUGGAGUAGGGCUCUUCAAUUGGCCCAGUGCUCUUUAGCAUCUUCAUCAAUGACUUAGAUCAGGGGUCUCCAGCCUGUGGGCCAUGAGGGGAUUGCAUUGCAACCAGGCCUUGGCUGGCAAGCGUGUGUGCACAUCCUCACUUGUGUGACCAGCAGGCAAGCACAUGUGUGUGCACUCCAUUUGCAUGAGUGGCAGGUGUGCGUGCAUGCCGCUCACACAAAUGAAGUUGUGUGCACAUGCACACUGCUCACCAGUUACUUCCCCUCCCCCCCACCAAUCCUCAAAGCCAGAAACAUUGGGAAAUUCUGAUUUACAGUAGAUUAAGGGAUUGAAGGGAAGCUCAUCAAAUUUGCUGUUGACAGCAAGUUUGGGUUCCAACACUUUGGAACAUAGGCUCAUGAUCCAGAAAGAUCUUGGCAAACUUGGGCAUUGGGCUCCAUCCCACAAGAUGCAGUUCAGUGGUGAGAAUAGCACAGUGGCAGAAAAAACACAUGAAUGCUGGAAUGAGAGGUUUGAAGAUUCUUCAUCCAGUGAGUUUAUCUUCAACUCUGAACAAAAGAACAAUUACAAGCCCAAGAAAUAAAAGAAUUUGAAAUAAACAGUAAAAAUCUAAGAUUUUCAUUUAAGUUAUAAAUGGAUUAAGAAUCCAGAUAAAUUUGGAAUAUUGACUAUUACUACUACUAAAUUUUGGAAUUUGUUACAAAAAGUAAACAAUUCUCAUUGGGAAAUAGACUUAUGUUGGUUAUCCUGGCAAUUGCUUUUGUUGUAAGUGAUGAUUUUGGAAACCGGACACUAGAGGGGACUAAGGAUUCUAAGCAGAAGGGGAAAAAAUACAAAUCUGAGAUCAGGAUAUACAGGAUGAUACAAAAUGUUAUAACAAUAUUUGAAAAUAUUUGAAAUAUUCUUCAAAUUUUUGAAAAAAUGGAGCCAGAAGUUGGUAACUACUACAAUUAUCAACAGUGUCAGUAAUGACGUCUGUUUGUGGGGUCACUGGUCCUCUUUGAGCUUGUUUGAUUUCUUGCAGACAUUUCAUUACCCAAACUAGGAAGCAUCAUCGGUGCUGGAAAGGAAGAAGCUUUGCUCUCUGUUUAUAUGCUGGGGGUUUGCCCUGCGCUGGUGGGAGGAUUCUUGGUGGUUCCUUGAUUGGGCUGCUUGCUAAUCUUGCUAAUGCUUUCUGCUUGAUUGUUUGUCUGAGUUGGUAGUUCCUUGAUUGGUGUAUUGUUUAUAUCUUGACUGCUGGCCUAAUGUUAAUCUUAAUGCUACUCUCUGCUCAUCUGGGUGUUGAUUGCUGGUAGGGAGGUAUUUGGGUCUCUUUUUUUUUCCUUUUGUGGCUUUUUGAUUGUGUUUUCUGAAUGGUAUGUAGAUGCUGUUUAUCUGUACGUACCAUAUGAUGAAUGAUUGAGGGAGCCAGAUAUGUCUAGUCUAACAAAGAGAAGGACUGUGAUAUUGCAGUACUUGAGGGGCUGUCACAGAGAAGAGAGGGUCAACUUAUUUUCAAAAGCAUCUGAAGGCAGGACAAGAAGUAAUAUGUGGAAAUGUAUCAAAGAGAGAAGCAGCCUGGAAAUAAGGAGAAAUUUCCUGGCAGUGAGAACAACUAACCAGUCAAACAGUUCUCUUCCAGAGGUUGUGGGUGCACCAUCACUGGAGGUUUUCAAGAAGAGACUAGACAGCCACUUGUCUGAAAUGGUAUAGGGUUUCCUGCUUGAGCAAGGGGGCUGGACUAGAAGACCUCCAAGAUCCCUUCCAACCCUGUUAUUCUAUGUUCUAUGUGCCUAUUGGUGGCCAAUUUGUCAGAGUGCCAGACUUCCAGGGAUUCUCUAAUGUUCUUGGACUUGGCUUGGUCUAGGAUGCUCACAGUUUCCUAGUUGAAACAAUGUUUAAGUCUGUCCAUGUGUUGUGAAAUUAUGGAGUUUCCAUCAUGUCUUCUGAUGCUGGUUAGUGUUCGUGGAUGUGCUCUGCCAGUCUUCUGUCUGCUUAUCCUAGAUAAUGGCCUUUGUAGUCCUUUCACUUUAUGUUGCAGAUGACUCCCGUUUUUUCUUCUGGGGCUGCUGGGGCUUUUGGUUUACUUUGGAUGAUUUGAAGGGCAUUUAUUGGUUUGCGUGCUACGCUGAUUCCAUGAGAGGUUGUGAUGGUCUGUUGGUGAUUUCUGAGAUGUUUUUGACGUAUGGCUGUGUAGCCCUUUUUACGGCUUGUAUUGGUUGUGCUAAAUUGGGUUCAGUGGACAGGGACUUUCUGGUAAAGUUGUGUGGGUAUCCAUUGUGUGGGAAAAUGUUGAAUACAUGAUCUGGGAAACUGUGAACAUCCUAGAUCAAGCCAAAUAUAAAUAGUCUCUUCCAAUGGUGGCUUCUUUAAUGAAUAGGCUAUGUCUAAAAGAUGUAGUUGAAGGAAUAGCAAUAGCAAUACACUUAGACUUAUAUACCGCUUCAUGGUGCUUUACAGCCCUCUCUAAGCGGUUUACACAGUCAGCAUCUUGCCCCCAACAAUCGGGGUCCUCAUUUUACUGACCUCAGAAAGAUGGAAGUCAACCUUGAGCUGGUCAGGAUCAAACUGCAGGCAGGAUUGAACUGCUGGCAGUCUGCAGAGUUAGCCAGCAAUACUGCAUUCUAACCACUGUGCCACCAUGGCUCUUGACAGAUAUGGAGCAACACAUUUUAUCGUGAAUGAAGGCAAAUAUAGGUAUCCCAGAAUAAUGUUUCAGGAUCCAAACUGAGUCGGUCACUGGGACCAAAAAUUUAUUCUUCCAAGCUUUCAGGUUUGUGCUGGAGCUCAUCCUCAGGGAAAUUCUCUCUCUCCAGAAUAUGUGUACUGGGCUGUUCUAUGCAUUGUAUUUAUAUGGUUGCUGGUUGUGUAUAGUUUUUAGUUGUUAAUUUGGGUGUUGAUGGCUGGCUGUUAAAUUGUUAAUUGUUUUCCUUGUGCCUCCUCAGUGGUAGGCUGGUUGUAAAUCAGCACUCCUACUCACUGACAAGGGGCCCAUUUCCCAAACUUCAAAAAUUUCUCUGGCUAUUUUUGUCCCUACUUGGCCAACAAUUGUAGUAGCUGCGAAAUUGAAUGCCUGUCCUUGUUCAUUGCAAUGUGAGGCUACCAAUGAGUGUGGGUCUCUUUCUCUGACCGCUCGCUCAUGUUCUUGCCAUCUAGUAGUUGGCUUCCUCCCCAUCUGCCCUACAUAGUCAGAGGGGCAACACAUGCAGGGAAUCUGGUAAAUUAUAUUCACAGUUUCUUCCAUCUCCAAACGAUCUUUGUAGUGCACGAUUUGUCCUUGCAUGGUUAGCCCCUGGGUGGUAAGCAAUGCCCACUUGCACAGCAGUCCCCAACCUUUCUAGCUCCAGGGACCAGUUUUAAAAAAAUUGUCUUCCAUGGAUCAGUGGCAGCAGCGGUGGCGGGGGUGGUGGCUUCAUGUGCGCAACCCACACAUGCACAGAUGAAGCUUCGCACACUUGCUUGCCACUCCUACAGCCCGCUUCCCAACAGCCCGUGGACCAUUGGGGACCCUGCACUUUUGGAAGCUAUGUUGUACUGCUUCUGAAAUGUAUGGCAGGGUGCACCAUAUAGUUGUUUUGACCUUCUUUCUCCUUUCCUCUCCCCAGCAUAUUGUGUAGACAUCUUGUGAUAAAUGCUUGUGGGCACCAAUUCUGCCUGAAUUAUUCACGUGGGUACCUGCUCUCCAGCUGUUUUGCUUGCAGGCUACUGCAGUGUGUUGUCACCCUGCCGUAUAAUGUUCUGACACAACUUUUUAUGUGAUGGUGAUGGUUACUGUUGAAGCUCAGAAUACGUGGAGUGUUGGUAGCCUUGCAAUAAACUGUGGCUUCUAGGCUUCCAUCUUCCUGUCUUUUGAUAAGCACAUCCAAAUCUGGCAAUUGUAUAGCUGUUUCUUCUUCCACAGUGGCAUACAAUUCAGAGUGGAAGAAGUAAUGGCCAGACAGAGGAAAUAGAAAAGGUGAAGCUACAAAUGACAGGCCAUUCAGAAAAGGAUGUCUUACUGGAUAUUUUGUUUAUUUAUUAAAUUUAUAUGCUACCCAUCUCACUGUCAAGUGAUUCAAGGCACUAUUCAAAACAACCUGGCUGAAAUUUUAAAAACUAAAAAGAAAAUACAAAUGAUAAAUCAAGAGAAUGAUCUGGAAAAUAGCAACAGCAAUAGCACUUAGACUUAUAUACUGCUUUACAGUGCUUUACAGCCUCUCUAAGCAGUUUACAGAGUCAGCAUAUUGUCCCCAACAAUUUGGGUCCUCAUUUUGCCCACCUCAGAAGGAUGGAAGGCUGAGUCAACCUUGAGCCUGGUGAGAUUUGAACUGCCAAAUUUCAGGCAGAAGUAGAAGUAGCCUGCAGUACUGCAUUCUCACCACUGCACCACUGUGGCUCAACGUUUGUUUUUUUAAAUUGAAUCUACACGAAGGUUUAUUUUAAUUGAAUCUACAAGAAGGUUUAUUGUCAGGCCCAAACCCUGACAAUUCCCAGAUUGCUGAGAAGAUGAUGGGGGCCUUGGGAUGAAAUCCUCAGAUAUCAAGAACCAGGCAUGUUGAGGGAAGAGGUGUCUGAGGGAGGGUGACAUGAGAGGAGGGAAGUGGCUGCGUUCCUCGCCUUCUUGCUUGGCUGCUCGGUCACCUCUGCCCUAUGAGAACAUGGCAAGGGAGCAGAGGGAAGAAGGAGGCAAGGGGGAGCCAGCAUGCUGAUGUUCUUGGUGGGUCAUGGAACAAUGAGGAGGAGGAGAAGUGGCCAAUCUUUACUCAAGGAUCAUUAGGUGCUUGGCAAGAAAGGAAGAGAUCUUUAUACCUUUUGAGGGCAGGGAAUCUGAAGGAGCUGAUUCCUGGGGAUCUUUUGAGCAAGUGAGAUAAGGAAAAAGUCUUUGUGAAGUGAAGCUGCUGUGGAUUCCACAGUGAAGAGGAGGGGAUGCAGAGACCCUCAAGGCUCACAUUGAUGGGGAGGGAAGAGCUCCCAUUUCUUACCUCCCGUUUCUUAGGUGAACUUUUCUUAGGUGAGCACUUUGCAUUGUUCUGUUUGGGACAGGACAAAAAGACUAUUUUGGCAGCGGAAACAACUGUGUUUGAACUGGGCAUUAUUCUGGAGCUGGCAAAACAUAGAAGAAGAAACCCAUCAGGACAAGAUUCAGCAGUCCAUCUGUAUUCAAAAGAGACAGGCCGCUCUUCUGGAGACAGCUGAGUCCACAGUUUGGACAGAGAGAAUUGCUGGUUUGAAAGAGGGGUCCAAGAGGCCAUCUAUGUCGAACCUGAACAGCACUCCCUCGACAGAAGGGGAGGGAUACGACACCAUCUAUCUCCAAUCUACAACAUGGUCCUUUCAAUAGUUCCAAGAAGGCUCCUCCAUUUGCACCAUUCAGGUGACCCUGAGGACACAGAUAAACCUCCAGGUGACCUUAAGGACUCUCUAAUUCCCCACCAUCCAGUCAGAGUUGAAGAAGCUUCUUGGAUGAGAAGCAAAACAUCUUCAGAGAAAAACCAGAAAGUCCAGUUGCCUCUUGAAAAAAGCACCUUUGGGACAACCACGAUCUGGAUGGCUGAGAAGCUCUGUAGACAUUUUACAAAAGGGGAGCUCUCUCUCAUUCACUCACUCAAAAACCUGUCCCCCCCACACACACACACUUUCGCUCUUUCUCUCCAGAAGCACCUGGAUGAAGUGGGAGGAGGUUAAAAAGAAGGGGCGGGGGUGCAGCCAUGCAGCGAAGCCUGAUCGGCUUAUUAUUAACCUUGUCAUUAUGCGGGGGGGGGGGGGCAGGCUGGGAACAUCAAAACAAGGUCCCCCGCCUUCUUCUCCAAGAGGCAGCCCACCCCUCAGAGUGCGGAUUGGCUGCCCGGAUGCGCGCAGCCAAAUGGCCCUGGAAAAGUAUCCCUCCGUGAAACGGCAGGGAUGAAGGGUCGGGGUUUAGAGCGCUGGCGGACCAAUGGCGGGAGAGGAGCACCGAGGAGACCCAGCCGAAUAAGGAUGCCCGUGUUGGGUCAGCCGCGGUGGAGGGCCCGAGAAGAAGUGCCACCCCCGCCCCCCUUGCUGCUGAAGCGCUGGUCUUAAGGGCCAGCGAUUUCCCAGAAGCGUCCGUCCCCUCGGGCGGGGAUCCUGCCCUUCCCUGCCGCGAGGGGCGUGGGGAGGCGCCAGCUCAAUGCGGGGCUUUAUAAGGGGCCGUCCCGCCCGGGGCUGGCAAGUCUAGAUUCCUGGAGAGCACCAUGGCGAUAGGCACAGCACUUCUGGGGCUCCUCGCUUUCUUGCUCGGCUGCUCCGGCACCUCUGCCGAACCCCAAAACUCGGAGCGCUCCGCCAUGCGGAAGUGCGUCCUGACUGGCAACUGGACCAAUGACCUCGCCUCCACCAUGCAGAUCAGCAACGUCAGUAACACGGGGGCGUUCAGCGGCAUUUACCAAACGGCCGUCUCGGACUCUAUCAAUCCCAUCCGGCCAUCCCCGCUGCAGGGCGUCCAGGGCCAGGGGGCACAGCCUGUCUUCGGCUUCACCAUCAAAUGGAACUUCGCUGAGUCCAUCUCCGUCUUUGUGGGCCAGUGUUUCCUGGAUGCUGACGGGAAGGAGCAGCUGAAUACCACCUGGCUGCUGCGCAACAUGAUGGAGUCCAGGAAAGACGAUUGGAAAGCAACCAGGGUUGGCACGAACACUUUCUACCGCACCGUGAGAGGGUGAAGAGAGCCAGGCUUAUGUGGUUUCUGCCUUGGGGGGGGGGGGGCAGGCAAGCCUUCCUACCUCACCCAUCAGCCACUCUUCUCCAAUAAAAUGUUUUCCUGAGCAA